AGGAAAAAGAAAAAAAACAAGAAACAAAGCAGCCAAAUAAGAUUUGAAAUGCAGGAUGAGUUCGUUUGACCCAGUGCUGAUUCCCUCAUUCUCUGCAACUUCCGUCCUGUUUGUCUUUGUCAUCACCCUUAUCUUCCCUUUUGCCUGAAAAUCUACCAAUCUUCAACGAAAAACAAAGAUGCACAGACAGAACAUGAAGAUUGGUUUCGAGGUUGCUUGUUUUGUUUUCAUGUCUGCCCUUCCCUUCAUCUUAGCUGAUUCGCCUCCUGCUUCCACCACCAACUCAUCUGUAAACUGUCCAAUGGACCUCAACUAUGUGACAAGAAUCCCAUGGAACUCAUCUCUUUGUCUUAACUUCCACCCUAACUCAAACUCCAAAGCUGAAACUGCACAAGAAAACUGCUGCAUAUCUGUCUUAUCGGUCUUUGGUAUUGGACUUGCCCAACAUCUUAAACAAACCUCUCUCUUCGGGCUACCCAAUUUGGCGGCUUCUCUGUCGUGUCUUGAAGAUUACCAGUCAAAACUCAACUCACUUUCUCUUCCUAAUAAUCUUGUUUCCCUCUGCGUUGAGCCUGAGCAGUUUGUGGUUACGCCUGAGCUUUGUGCCGGCAUACAAACAACACAAGAUUGGGUCGCAAAGCUUGGGGAAUCCACUGAACUUGACCAGGGUUGCAGAUCUGAUCUCAGUGAUCUCACUGCUUGUGAUACUUGUCUUCGUGCAGGUAACCAAGUUCAGACUGAAUUGAUCUCCAUUGAUGGUAAUACAACUCACAGUACAGAUUGUUUUUAUUUUACUGUUCUAUAUGCUGCUGGGAUCGCUAAUGAGCUUGGACCUGAAAGUAAUGGGGCUUUGAAAUGUGCUUUCUCGUUGGCUUUGAAUGAACAAUCUAGUUCAUCCAGUAAAAGACAUUCAGUCCUUGUUUUUGGCUUGACUGGUGCUGGGGUUGCGCUUCUUGUUGCCUUUUGUUUAUUGGGGUUAUACUUUUGGUAUGAAAAAAGAAUUACAAAGAAACGUGUUGGUAUCUCCGGUUCUAAUUUUGAAGAACAAAGGUGUAGGCCAAAUUUGAGGCCUAAUACAGGUUCGAUUUGGUUCAAACUAGAGGAUCUUGAGAAGGCGACUGAUAAUUUUGCAAACAAGAAUUUUAUAGGGAGAGGGGGGUUUGGUUUUGUUUACAAAGGGGUUUUACCAGAUGGGAAAGUGGUGGCUGUAAAGAGGAUUAUAGAAUCAGAGUUCCAAGGAGAUGAAGAGUUUUGCAAUGAAGUUGAGAUUAUUAGCAACUUGAAGCAUAGGAAUCUGGUGCCUCUUCGAGGUUGCUGUAUGAUGGAGGGUGAUGAAAGCUACGAUGACAAAGGGUGUCGAAGGUAUCUUGUCUAUGAUUACAUGCCGAAUGGAAAUCUCGAUGAUCAUUUGUUCCAUUCGAAACUGGCAAGUAAACCAUUGAGUUGGCCUCAGAGGAAGAACAUAAUUGUGGAUGUGGCAAAAGGGUUAGCUUAUUUGCACUAUGGAGUGAAGCCUGCGAUAUAUCAUAGGGACAUUAAGGCUACGAAUAUACUGCUCGACACUGAAAUGCGAGCGAGAGUGGCUGAUUUCGGGUUGGCAAAGCAGAGCCGAGAAGGCCAGUCUCACCUUACUACUAGAGUGGCAGGAACUCAUGGAUACUUGGCCCCUGAAUAUGCUCUUUACGGCCAACUGACCGAAAAGAGCGAUGUUUAUAGUUUCGGUGUGGUUGUUCUAGAGAUAAUGUGUGGGAGAAAAGCUCUCGAUUUGUCAUCAUCGGGUUCACCGCGUGCGUUUUUGAUAACAGAUUGGGCUUGGUCACUGAUAAAGGCAGGACAACUGGAUGAGGCUUUGGAUCGUUCGUUGAUCGACAACGGGGAUUCCGUGAAUUCAAACCCAAAGGCUAUAAUGGAGAGAUUUGUGCAGGUUGGGAUUUUGUGUGCUCAUGUAAUGGUAGCUUUAAGGCCUACUAUUUUGGAUGCACUGAAAAUGUUAGAAGGUGAUAUCGAAGUUCCUCGGAUCCCAGAUCGACCAAUGCCAAUCGGACACACUUCAUUUUACGAUGGCAAUGCUUUCAGCAUCUCACCAGCAUUAAGUCAGCCACAAAUGCACACAGAAGACAUGCUUAGGUAAUCUGUAAUUGUUUGUGGUUUGUCACACUGUUGUAGUUAGGUUCUAUAGGCUAACUGAAGUUGUUCUUACAAGCUCAAGCUCUAUUUUUCCAUUCUUAUGAUGUCUUUAGUAAAACAAUGAAUUUUACAUUCAUGAUCAUGGAAAAUAGAGUGGCAGUUACAUUCUUGCUUCAUGUUGAUGCAUUGGAAUGUAAAUAUGUGGAGCUCAUUUUGAGCUCAAACAUUCAUUUUUUUGGGUGAUGCGAUACCUCGUGUAUGUAGGUUUUGUAUGAUUAUUAUACACUAGCUCCACCUUGUUGUACUAGUUUGUGCCGUGGUGAAUUUGGGUAAAUAUCAAUUUAUGAAGGUCUCAACAUUUCUUU